AUGGCGAGUACUCUGAGGAACAUCCAUGGUAAGAGAUCUAAUUUCCAAUCUGAGUUUACUGGAAAUGGAGGAAGUAAGAGAAGAAAUCUUCAUGAUGAUACAGAUCAUAAUGUUAUUGGGUCAGAAGACACUGUGUAUCGUUACUUGUGCCCUGUGAAGAAGACGGGUAGUAUUAUCGGGAAGGGCGGUGAGAUCGCAAAGCAGAUACGGUCUGAGACCAAAUCAAACAUGAGGAUCAACGAGGCUUUGCCCGGGUGUGAGGAGCGUGUUGUUACCAUAUAUUCUACUAGUGAUGAGUUGAAUCAUUUUGGGGACGACGGAGAGCUUGUUUGCCCUGCUUUGGAUGCUCUUUUCAAGGUUCAUGACAUGGUUGUGGCGGACAUUGAUAAUGAUGAUGAUCAUCUUGGUGAAAAGCAAACAGUUACUGUGAGGAUGCUUGUGCCGUCAGACCAAAUUGGUUGCGUUAUCGGGAAAGGUGGACAAGUAAUUCAGAAUCUGCGUAACGAAACCAGUGCUCAGAUUCGUGUCAUCAAAGAUAAUCUACCCGCCUGUGCUUUGACCUUGAGCCAUGAUGAGCUUCUUCAGAUAAUUGGAGAACCUUUGAUUGUGAGAGAGGCUCUUUAUCAAGUUGCUUCACUGCUUCAUAAUAAUCCAUCACGAUUUCAACAUUCUCUUCUGUCUUCUUCAAGUACAAUGCAUCAACCCGGGGGAAUGUUGAUGUGUGCACCAUUAACGAGCUCGCACAGAAACUACGCUGCACGCAGAGAUUUGGCGGAUGCAAGGGAGUUUUGUGUUUGUUUCCUCUGUCCAGCUGAAAAUGUUGGAGGUGUUAUAGGAAAAGGAGGUGGUUUCAUUAAUCAGAUCAGGCAAGAAACUGGUGCUACGAUUAGAGUCAAUACCUCUGAAACUGAUGAGGAUGAUUGCAUAAUUUUCAUAUCAUCAAAAGAGUUCUACGAAGAUCAGUCUCCAGCGGUGAAUGCAGCCAUACGUUUACAACAGCGAUGCAGUGAGAAAGUUGAUAAAGAUUCGAAUGAUUCAACACUCACCACUCGUUUACUUGUGUCGAGUUCCCAAAUCGGGUGUCUCAUUGGAAAAGGUGGAGCUGUUAUAUCUGAGAUGAGGAGUGUAACACGAGCAAAUAUCCGUAUUCUUCAAAAGGAAGAUGUACCAAAAAUUGCCCGUGAAGAUGAAGAGAUGGUUCAGAUUACAGGAAAUCCUGAUGCCGCUAUGAAAGCUCUUACGCAAGUGAUCUUGCGAUUAAGAGCCAACGCUUUCGACAUGGAUCAUGGACUUGUCUUGCUACCAACAUCUUUCCCGUAUGUUCCCCAAGUCAGCGAAAGCUCAAACAAACCCAAGUACGCAAAACGCGAUGGUUCCAAGGAUCACGACUACAGUAAACUGAAUUCGAAUUCCAAGAGAAGAAGCCAUGUUUCUUAA